AUGUCGGAAAGCCGCAACGUGCGAGGUAACCUUUUAAAUAUCUUAGAAGAAUCUGAAAUGACUACUCGUGAGAGGGUAGCGUCAGAUGGGCGAUGCUUUUUCGGCCCAGUGUGCAUCGUUGUAUGCGGGCCUUCCGGCGUUGGAAAGAGUACUAUUGGAAAGAAACUCGCAGAAAGACUCUGUAUUGCUUAUAAAGAAGGCGACGAGUAUCACAUGGAUGUCUGCAUUCAUAAAAUGCGCGAAGGAAUUCCGUUGAACGACGAGGAUCGCCGUCCGUGGUUGGAGCGACUACGACGUGAAGUAAUAUCAGCUAACGAAAGUAAGGGGUGCAGUGUGGUUCUCGCAUGUUCGGCGUUGAAAAAGGGUUACCGUGAUAUAUUGUGUGGUAGAAACCAACGAAUCAAGGCCGACGGUGAUAGUGCUCAUGAUAGGGGCUCUGUUGUUCCGUCGCUUUCGUUGAAGCCUCAUAGAAUUUUUUUUGUCAUGCUCAUCGGAAGCAUGGACCUUAUUGCACGUAGACUCGCCAUGCGAAAGAAUCACUUUAUGCCCCCUUUGCUGUUGCAGUCGCAGUUUUCGAUUUUGGAGCCGUUGCGGCUACAUAACGAUGGUAAAGCCGAUGAAGGUGCAGAAGUAGGCAUGAUCAUUGACCUGAAUAGGCUGCGUGAUAUUGAUGCUGUCGUGAAUGCCAUCGAAGAAAGGAUAAUGAAGAACUAUGGCAUUCUGAACUCUAGUUCUAAUUUUUCGGGGAUGAAAAGAAAUCUGUAA